AUGGGCUCGAUUGCUAGCGAUAUUGGCUCGCAAACGGACUAUGCUUUUACUAUCUACCGCGGCACAUUCAUUCAAUCGGUUCUGCCAGACUCCGGCUCUAAGCCUGAAUUGUCUCGCAACCAAGGCGCAUUAUGGGUCUCUGCUGUUGAUGGCCGCAUUCAUGGCUGGGAUUGGAAAGCCAGUGACGAAAGUGGAUUUGCCGAGUUGAUGAGUCGGAAUGGGUGGGUUGAUAUCGACGCCAUUGAGGCUCAGGCCCAAGCCAAUGGUCAUGUUUCGAAGACCAAAGUGAAGAUUGUUACUGCGAAUGAAGAACAGAAUGAAUUUUUCUUCCCCGGAUUUAUUGACACCCACAUCCAUGCCCCGCAAUACCCCAACGCAGGCCUCUUCGGCUCAUCAACUCUUCUAGACUGGCUAGAGACCUACACAUUCCCCGUAGAGUCACGCUUCGGGUCCCCACCAGACCCAAAAACAGGCCAUCAAACCCAAACGAACCCCAAAGAAACACCCCUCCUAGCUCAACAAAUCUACGACCAAGUAAUCUCCCGCACUUUAUCCCACGGCACAACCUGCGCCUCCUACUACGCAACAAACCAUGUCCCAGCCACAAACGCCCUAUCAACACUCUGCCACACCCGCGGCCAACGCGCCUUCAUCGGCCGCGCAUGCAUGGAUAACCCAGACUUCUGCGUAGACUACUACCGCGACUUCAGCGCAGACGACUCCGUCAUCGCAACCCGCCAGACAAUCGAGUUCAUCCACACCCUAGACCCAGAAGGAAAGCUCGUGAAACCGAUCAUCACACCGCGUUUCGCGCCCUCAUGCACGAGACCCGCAUUACAGAGUCUCGGCGAGUUGGCUGCGAGCUAUUCACCCCCGCUGUAUAUCCAGACGCAUAUCUCGGAGAAUAUCAACGAGCUCGCGCUCGUCAAGGAACUCUUCCCUGAGGCGGACAGCUACGCAGAUGUCUAUGAUAAGUACAAUCUCCUCACGCCACGCACGAUCCUCGCGCAUGCGGUGCAUUUAUCUCCCGAUGAGAGAGCUCUGAUCCGCACGCGCGAAGCAAAGAUCUCGCACUGUCCGGCGUCGAACUCGGCGCUGGGAUCGGGGAUUUGUCCUGUUAGGACGCUGCUUGAUGAGGGGAUUACGGUUGGUCUAGGCACGGAUGUUAGUGGGGGGUAUAGUCCUAGUAUUCUUGAGGCGGCGCGACAGGCUUGUCUUGUUUCGCGGUUGUUGGGUCAAUCGGCUGCGUGGCAAAGGGAUCAUCCUCAGGCUGAUGGGAGGGAGAAGUUGUCUGUGCAGGAGAGUCUUUACCUUGCUACACGUGGUGGAGCUGCGGUUGUUGAUAUGGGGAGCGACCUUGGCGGGUUUGAUAUGGGGAUGUUGUGGGAUGUGCAGUUGAUUCGGCUUGGCGGGGUUAAGUUCGUGGAGAAGAGUCCAUUAGAUGGGGUCCCUGGUGAUGGGAGUGCGGAUCUUGUGCAGGCUGGUCCUGUGGGGAAUGUUGAUUUGUUUGGGACAGAAACUUGGGAGGAGAAGAUUCAGAAGUGGGUUUGGAGUGGUGAUGACCGGAAUGUGAAGGCUGUUUGGGUUGGCGGGAGGUUGGUUCAUUCAAGGGUUUGA